AUGCUUGGCGAUGUAUGGGAACCCAGUGACGUCUGGACCGGCAUCUCCGACCAGAGCCGGAGGAAGAAGCUGCAAAACAAGCUCAAUCAGCGUGCUUACCACUGCGAUGACCACGACCUGUCGCUGUCAGCUCCAGGCCAAGACAGUAUCUUACCAACGCUCCUCGGCGGAUGUGCGCUCAUAAGAUGCCCACAAAGGCUUUCUCUUGCCCAAAGCCGCGCCAAAGAAUUAUACGAGGGCUACUCACUCCACGCGUCGCGGCCCUCGGCACUGCACGUCCUCGUCCGCCUGCGCGUCCUCGCAGCCCUAGCCCACAACGCCGCCGCCAUGGGGUUUCCCCCGCAAGGCCUCUGCCGCGAUGACUUCAUUUCUCCAUACAAUUUGAGCGGACCUCUCGAGCUAGAGAACUUUGAUUUGACGACGCCCGGCCGCGAGAGCCUUCGUCCGACGCACCUCCAGAGGACAGUCCUUCACCACCCCUGGAUCGACCUCUUCCCGUUCCCCGUCUUCCGAGACGACGUGCUGCUUGCGAUGGAGUCUGGGUUGGUGGAUGACGAUCAGCUGUGUGCUGAUAUCCUCGAGGUGAAGGAUGAAGACUUGGCUGGCAGGCCGUCGCUCAUCGUCUGGGGCCAGUCGUGGGAUUGUAUGGCGUGGGAGGCGAACGAGGCCUUCUUUCGGAAAUGGGGUGAGAAAAUCACUAAUAGGUCGCGUCCUUCCAGCGUGGGCAAGUCCGGCCUCAAGGUGUCCCAGAUCAUCCUCGGCUGCAUGAGCUUCGGCGACAAGAACUGGCAACCAUGGCUCCUCGACCAGGCCGAGGCUCUCCCCAUCCUCAAGCACGCCUUCGACCGGGGCAUCAACGCCUGGGACGUUGCCGACACCUACUCGAACGGCCGGUCCGAGGAGAUCGUCGGCGCCGCCAUCCGGGAGUACAACAUCCCGCGCUCGAAGCUCGUUGUCAUGUCCAAGUGCUUCCAGUUCGUCGACGACGCGCGGGGCCCCAUCGACCCGGCCACCCUGACCAGCAACGACGGCCCGCGCGUCAACCAGGUCGGGCUGUCGCGGAAGCACAUCCUCGACGCCGUGGACCGCAGCGUCGAGAGGCUGGGGACGCAUAUCGACGUGCUGCAGAUCCAUCGCAUGGAUCGGGAUGUGUCGCCGGAGGAGAUUAUGAAGGCGCUGAAUGAUGUUGUGGAGAGUGGGAAAGUGCGGUAUAUUGGUGCUAGUUCGAUGGCAGCAUGGGAGUUCCAGAUGCUCCAGAACGUCGCGAAGCAGAACGGCUGGCACCAGAUCAUCUCCAUGCAAGGCCUCUACAACCUCCUCUACCGCGAGGAGGAGCGCGAGAUGAACCCGUACUGCAACGCCGCCAGCGUCGGCCUCUUCCCGUGGUCGCCCCUCGCCGCCGGCGUCCUCGCGCACCCGUGGACCGACCGCUCCGACCCCAGAGAGCAGAAGGACCCGUUCCUCCAGAUGCUCUUCCGCGGCGUCGAGAACGGCGCCGACAGGGCGAUUGUCGGACGGGUGGAGGAGCUCGCAGCAAAGAAGGGGGUCGCGAUGGCCCAGAUUGCGCAGGCGUGGCUGAUUUCGAAGGGGUGCAUGCCGGUUUGCGGGCUGGAGACGCGGGAGAGGAUUGACCAGGCCCUCGGGGCGUUGGAGGUGAAGUUGAGCGAGGAGGAGGUGCAGUAUCUUGAAGAAAUGUAUGUUCCGAAAUUGCCCAUGCCGUUUUAG